AUGCUCUCGUUCCCGACGCCUAGCGUCUACCAAUCGCCAAAAUGCUUCGUCACAUACGGCACCAUGCCUCACAUUGAGCCCAAGCAGCUGCCGACAAGGGGAAAGCCGUGGGCGCCUAUCCUGGGCCAGGGAUUUAACUACAAGGUCGACCUCGUCCUACCGCAAGAGUGCUUCGAGCUGGUCCGCCAAAAACUCGUCGAGGAGCUCCCGGCGCCGACGUUCCACCGCGUCAUCAUGACUCUCGGCCAGGUUCUCGACGGCGGGUUCUUCAACGAGUACAUCAAGAGAGGCAACAUCCUCAUGCUCUCCGAGGGCAGGACAAACGUUGAAAACGUCUUUUCACUUCGCGAGGGCCUGUUAACUAUGUAUCUCGACAAGGAGACGUACGAGCGUGCCGGUCUGGUUGGAAAACCUCAUGGCGUCAAGGGGAAGAGGGGCUUGAAGCCGCGAUGGGUUGUGAGCUACCAGUUGCGAGACCCGGCCAUGUUUCCUGGCAAAAAGGGCUUCGACAGAUUGGUGUACGCUUGCAAAAAUGUUCUCAACACGCCCGUGACGUGGCUAUUCUGCAACGCGGCGACCACUGCACCAUCACCAGAUCCGCUGAACCAAUAUUUUCCAACAAGAUACACGUGCGAGCCGUCCCUCGCACCCGACUUCCAGGUCCGGACACCACCACUAUCACUACCCUUGGACAUCAUCCAAAACGGCGACAGACCGGGCCUCGAAGACUUUGCCACAGAGACGUACGAGUGGCUAUCCCUCAUCCGUCUGCGGAGCCCCCGCGUCAAGGCAGGGGACAGUAUCGACCCGUACCUCUCGCGAUACCAGGUCCCCGGGGACCCAGACACGCCGUCACACGCAAACGUGUGCGAGAUCUCGUGGCAAGGCUUCUUCACCUCGCACUGGGUGCGCAGCGUCCUCAUCAACGCCCUCGUCGCCAUGCCGUCACGCACCUGGUUCUCGCUAAGCGCGACGUCCUUUUCAAAGGGUAUGAUGGGCGAUAGCACCGAAGUCGCAUUCUUCCGGCCGCCCGAGUCGCCUGGCCAUUAUCUCUUUUGGGAAAUCAAAGGCGAUGAAUAGCCAGUUCUUCAAGAUAAACGGAAUGCUUUUCUUCUCUCUUUGACUUCUUUUAACCCUGCUUCUGACGCACACUGCGCUCAUCACCCAGGUCCUGGCCGAGGACGGCAUCCUCAACGAGGCGGCGUAGCUCGGCUUGGCCCGUGGCCGUGUGGAAGUCCUCUCGCUCGGCUAGCUGCUCUAUCCGGCGCUUGAACUCGGGGUCGACUUCAGCAGGAACUUCCUCGGCUUGGUCCAUGGUGCCGAGGGUCACGGCGAGACCUUCAGGGACGGGCGGCAUGUCGAUGGGCGGGGCAGCGGUAUCGGUGGUGGCGGCGGCGGUGGUAGACGUAGGAGCCGCAGCCUUAGCAGCAGCAGCGGCAGAGGCGGUUCUCUGUGUCUCGAUGCCCUGCAGGUACUCGGCGAUCUCGGGGUAGUCUCCCUCGCCCUCAAUCUUUUGGCUGGCGGUGAUGCCGUCGGCGCCCUUGGCGUUGAUAUCGGCGCCAAGCUCUUCAACCAGGCACUUUGCAGCAGCAACGGUCUCGACAACGAAGAGCGCAGUCUCCUCGUCUUCGUCCUUGAUGUCGACGUUGACGUUGAAUUCGCGGAUCAGGGCGCGAAGGAGCUCGAGGUGGUUGUAGCUCGCGGCGGCGUGGACGAGGGAGUAGCCGUGCUCAUCCUGGCCGGAGGCGACGGCGGGGUUCUCGCGGAGGAGGGUAAGCAGGGCGUCCGGGUUAUCGGCGGCCAAGAGGUAGGGAUUGGGAGCCAUGGUUGGUUUGGUCAAAGGUAGUAGCUUGAAACAAAACUAGAAGUGAGACUCUUGGGUCGGGAAAUUUGAGGCCAAAUUGGGUUUCGUCAGUAAGUAGUGUUUCUG